GUAAACUGGAGGCACAUCAAUCACAGAAGACGCGCCGAGGCUAAUUCAUACUGGCUAUACUCUCGCUUCUACUUGGGACCAACAUCGGAACAGGACUAUGAUGAUGACAACUAGAGUAAUCAGUAUUGCAACGACAACGCAAGUAAUGCAGGAACUGAGGAAGGUGUCUGUGGAUCCUGGGCUCCUGGAGUCCGAAUGCAAUGCUUUAGUCAAACGGACAACGUAAAUGAAUAUGUCUGGGGUGAAGUUUGAGGUGAGUGCUGCGCUCAGGGAAAAAGGGGUGAUCAACAACGUGCUCGCAAAGAUUGAGUCCAUCAGCAGGAUCAAGAGGGAGGCCAUUGUGUACGCUCUUGCAGGGUUCGCAGUACUGAUGUUCCUGCUGAACUUCUGGGGAAGAAGGAUGACUAAUAUUAUUACGACAGUCUGGCCGAUCAUCGGAAGUCUGCGAGCCAUGGAUAAGGCCUGCACGGCCAGCCAGACAAAGUGGCUGGGGUAUUGGAUAGUCUAUGUCAUUGUCAACUCCUUCGAGUUCAUCUUCAUAGGCCUGGAGACGAGGAUCAGACGUGUAUUUAUUAUUAAGCUCAUCAUUCUAACUCUAGCGGCAGUACCCCACAGCAAAGCUGUGUCCGUGCUCAUGUACGAGAAGGCUCUUCGAAACAAGGUGUACAAGGGACCUGCGGACGCGGGCGGUUCCACGGUACAAAAGAUGGAGAAAAUGGCGGAGAAGCUGGUGGAGAAGGUUACCGCCGAGAAGUCGCACAGCGGUGGAUCUCACAUGUCUACAGGUACGAGCGAAGUCAAGUCAUCGCCAGCCAAGGAGUCGCCCAAGCCGAACGGAAAGAAGUCCAAAGGGAUGCCAAAGAAAGGCCACAAGUAACGGGUCGCUUAAAAAGCCUCUGGGAAGACGCAACAUCAUCGCGUAUUAUUUUUUGUAAAUUGAUCAUUUUCAAUACGUUCCUCUAGUGCGAGUUGCUCGUGGAAAAUAAAACUCAGCAUGUUUGA